AUGGUGUCUCAUUUCAAAACCAGUGCGUUUAAGAUCCUGCUUUUAAUUCAACUUUUGUCUAUUGUGGUAUCAAGUCAAAGUAUCACAGCAUCAACAUCAUCAACAAUUUCUGCCUUUUCAACAGAUGCGGUUGCUUCAAGAACACUUUAUUAUUAUUCAACGACCACCUCCGGGAAAUAUAAAGUCACAUAUGCUUCAAUGAGAGUCAAUAAAGAAACUGGAACCUGUGUCAGUUGUUAUACUUCAACAUUCAAACAGUCAUCAUCUUCAACUCUAGACUCAUCUUCAAGUAUUACGGCCUCUACAUUAUCAAGCUCUGUUACAUUUUCAAAAUCAUCCAGUCUACCAGCUUCAACAUCAAGCUCGUCAGUUUUGCUUCAAUCUUCAUCAUCUGUUCCAAGCUCAGAAGUAGAGUCAAUUGUCUCAUCUUCAACUACUUCAAGCUUUUCCGUGUUUUCAACGGAUAGAGUUAACUCAAAGACACUUUAUUAUUAUUCAUCAACCACUUCUGGUGCUUUCAAAGUUUUGAAUGCUUAUUUAAGGGUUAAUCAAGGAACUGCAACAUGUGUGAGUUGCCAUACUUAUACGCCUAGUCAAUCCCUGACCUCGUCAUCUAUGCUCAUUACAUCUUCGAGCGUCAUUAUAUCAGACAGUUCUUCAGAAAGAUCGUCAGCUUUAGAUAGUUCAAUGUCGAGCUCUUCAGAAUCAUUAUCAGUGUCACAAUCAUCAAUAUUACCUUCAGAAUCAAUAGGAACAUCUUCCGGAAUGCUAUCCUCAUUAACAUCAGUUUCUUCAUCAGAAAACUCAUCAGAUGGUUUAUCAUCGUUAUCAUCGGUUUACUCAUCGGUAUUAUCGUCAAAGUCAUCUGAAAUAUCAUCAUAUAUCCCUCCAGUAUUAUCAUCAGUGUCAUCACUUGAAGUAUCUCAAAUAUCCUCAGAUGUCACAUUCUCCUCAGAAGCCCCAUCCGCUUUAUUAUCAAUAUCAUCAUCAACAUCACUACCAGAAUUAUCAACAAGCUUACCAUCAGAGCCAAAAUCAAUGUCGACAUCAAUGUCAUCAUCAAUGUCAUCAUUUAUAUCAUCUCUAACAAGUGAUUCAUCAUCAUCUUCUUCUUCACCAUCAUCAUCAUCAUUAAUUGUUAGUUCAUUACAAACUUCUUCAGCUAGUGAUUUACCAUAUAGCUCAUCACAAUCUUCAUCAUCAAAUAAAUCACCAUCAUCAAAAUCUAGCUCAUCGGAUAUUUCUUCAGUUAGUGAAUCAUCAUACGCCGCAUCAGAAUCUGGUUCAUCUAGUGUAUCAGCAUUGUCUUCAACAAGUGAAUCAUUAUUCAGCUCAUCAGAACCCGGUUCAUCUAGUGAACCAUUAUCCAGUUCAUUAGUAUCUGGUUCAUCUAGUAUAUCAAUAUUGUCUUCAGCAAGUGAAUCAUUAUCCAGUUCGUUUGGGAUUUCUUCAUCUAGUGACACAUCUUCAUCAUUAAGUUCUAGUGUAUCUGAGAUUACUUCAGUUGGUGCAUCAUUAUCCAGCUCAUCAGGACCCGGUUCAUCUAGUGAACCAUUAUCCAGUUCAUCAGUAUCUGGUUCAUCUAGUGUAUCAGGAUUGUUUUCAGCAAGUGAAUCAUUAUCUAGUUCGUCAGACCUUGUUUCAUCUAGUGACACAUCUUCAUCAUUAAGUUCUAGUGUAUCUGAUAUUGCUUCAGCUGGUGCAUCAUUAUCCAGUUCAUCAGAAUUUGGUUUAUCAAGUGGCACAUCUUCAUCAUCAAUGUCUAGUGCAUCCGAAAUUUCUUCAGUCAGUGAAACAUCAUCCAGUUCAUCAGAAAAUGCUUCAUCUAGUUAUUCAUUGUCAUCACUAGUAUCUAGUUCAUCAGAUACUUCUUCAGUGGGUACAUCAUCUAGCCUAUCAGAAUAUCCUUCAUCUAGUGAAUCAUUCUCAUCGUCAUCUAGCUCAACAGAGACUGCCACAUCUAGUCAAUCGACAUCAUUAUUUUCUAGCUCGUCAGAGUCUUCUUUAGCUAGUGAAUCUUCAGCAUCUACAUCAUCAUCAUCAUCAUCAUCAUCAUCAUCAUCAUCAUCAAUGUCUAGUUCAUCAGCAGUUAAAGAAAGCUUAAGUUCAUCACUUUACAUAUCUAGCAGUGACCGCUCUUCAUUUGUUCCAUCAACACAUUUAAGUGAUAUCCCAUCGUCGACAUUUUCAUCAAGCCAUCCCUUCAGUUCCAUGGUUUCUAGUUUAUCUAUAUUGAGCUCUUCUGACAACCUUUCAAGUUCUAUCAUUACACGCCCAGAUACAUCAUCAUAUUCUUCGUUGUCAGGUAGGCCAUCAUCAUCUUCUGUGUCGUUAGUAUUGUCAGACCUUUCAUCAGCCAGCAGUAAAUUAUCAACAGCGUUGAGUUCUUCCAGUGCAUCUAGUGGGGAAAGUACAAUUGAAACAGGAUCUUCAGUUUAUUCAUUCUCAUCACAAAGCCAAAGCUCAAAUACGGUUUCAAGUUCAUCACUUUCUUCUGUUAAUUCGUUGAGCUCCAUAGGUUUGCUAUCAUCAUCAGGGUUUUCUACCACGACUGCGUCAUUUGAUGCAGGACUCUCUUCAUCAUUUAGCAAGUCAAGUUCAGAUUCGGACUAUAGAAGCAGUUCUUCAUUUGUUCAUAUUUCUAGUGGUUCCAAUGCGCAAUCUGAAAGUGAGGGUCCUGCUUUUGAAAAUAGUCACUCAAGCUCAAUCAGUUCUUCUUCCCUUUCGGUCUCAUGGUGGACUAGUUCUGGAGGAGCAAUGAGUUCAUCGUUGUACUCAAACUGGACAUUUAGUCCUGUUCAAAAUAGCAUUUCAAGCUCUUUUUUACCCAUUGAAACAACAUAUGAAAGUAGUGCUUAUAUGACAUCCAGUUUCACCAGUGCGCGCUUUAUAUCAGCUUCAUCAACAACAACUGCUCAUUCAAUUUCGAUAUCAUCAUCAUCACCAUCAUCAUCUUCUUAUUUGUCACAAUCUGAAGCGGAAAGCUCAAUGUCAGAAGAACAACCAUAUUCAAGUGAAAGUAGCAGCAUUAGCUCAUAUAGUUACAAUCAACCUUCCAGCUCAAAACUCUCAGAAUGGUCAAUAUCAGAUAUUUCUAGUUCUUCAUUUGUCCCAAGCAGUUACAGAGAAAUAUCAAGCUCUCUCUCCUCAAGUAGCAUGAUCCAAACGCCUGAAUCACAUUUCAGUCAGUCCCUUGCUUCCUAUUCCAGCUCAGAGAAGGUUUCUGAAAUUUCAUUCACACAAAUAUCAAGUUCAUCAAGUUAUUUUUCAUCCCAGGUAUCACAAAAUUCAGAAUCAGAAGAGGGUUUGACAUCCGUAAGUUCAUCGACCUCAUCAAUUCCAUUUAGUAUAACAAAUUCUGAAAAUGUGAUUUCUUCCAUCUCUCCAUCAAGUUAUUCAAGUUCAUCAAGUUUAUUGGGUUCAUUAAGCUCAUCAAGUUAUGCUGUUACCAGCUCAAGUUCAAGAAUUACCUUCGCAAGCUCUUAUUCUUAUCAGGAAACAUCUUCCAGCUCCUUUGACUUUAUAGAUAGCACAUCAACACUCACAUCAGCCAGCUAUAUUUAUCCAGAUACAAGUUUAUCUACUUUGGAAACAAUAAACAUAAGUGAAGAGGUUUCGAAAUCAACAGCAAGCUCAUCUAUAACUGAUAUAUGGACCUCCACAUUAUCUUCAGCUUCAACUGAACAAUCAAAUUCAUACAGCUCAUCAUCGGGAUCCAACACAUUGAUAACAUCUUUGGCUCCUGAAUCUUCCAUAAUUAGCAGUGCAAUCUCCACGACAAGCUCAAAAUAUUCAUCUGUUUUUAUUCCUACAAGCUCUUCAAGAACCACAUCUGGUACUAGUUUAUCCAUAACGACAUCCAGCCAAGAACCAGUUUCGCCUUCAAUUUCAGCAUCAGAAGAUAAGGAAAAUCUUUCUUCCUCAUCUAGUCUAACAAGCCAAUCAUCACCAUAUUUUUCAUCUUUCUCCUCGUCAUCAUCAAUCUCCCUAUCAAAAUCACUAAUAGAUGUUUCAAGUUCAGAACACCUGCCAUCAUUUUCCACCAUUUCUUUCUUUUCCACAGUUUCUUCCUCAUCAAUGUUUGGAUCAGUUGCUUCAUCAUCAAAAUUUGUCUCCACCAUCCCUUCAGAAGAUACUAUGAGUUCAUCAGCUCCUUUUGAUCCAUCAAUCUCAGUCUCAACAUUUGAGUCAGCUUCACACACUACAGAAUCACUUUCAAAUCACACUGCUCUACCUCCGUCAUCUCCAUCCUUAUUAAGUAUGAUUUCAAAACGUACAUCAUUAUCAUCAUCAGCAUCAGACGAAGGGGUCCAUGCAUCUUCAUCAUCACCAUCAUCAUCAUCGUCAACUAUGGAUGUUGAAAUAUCCCCACCAGCUUCAUCUUUGGUUAUUUCUUCAGAAUUUAGCAGUCUUCAAAGUUCAACUAAAGCUUCAAUUACUCUAAUUACUCUCUCUUCAUCAACAAAAUCAACAAAAUCAAGUUACUUUUCAUCAGCAAUUCAACCACUUGAAACGUUGACAACAGAUAGAUCACAUAGUGCUUCAACACUCCAUAGCUCCAAUUCUUGGUUAUCAGCUCCACUUUCUCAAAUUUCGAAUGUUUUUACAUCACAGUCGAGCUCAUCUGAUUCAAGUGUUAUAUUGACCACAGCUCCAGGUUCAAUGGUUUCAGGUAUAUCAUCAUACAAAAAUUCGAGACCAUCAAUAACUCCAAUAGUCCUAAGUAUUGAAUCAUCCAGUAUUGAUUCAUUACCACAAAACACACACACACAGACAUCUGACCAGCCUUCUUCAUCCCCAUCAUUAGAAUCAAGCCAAAGAAGCACACAACCAAACGUUCAAUCUAUUACAGAAACAUCACAUUCUUCAGAACUUUCAGCAUCAACAAUACCAUCAAAGACAUCAACCUUUUCAGAUGAACUCAUCUCAACAAGUGUGUCAACUUCUUCAAACACCAAUAGCACUUCUUAUUCUUCUACAGCAGUUACUGAUUCUUUCUUUUCAAGUGAUAAAGAACAAAGACCAACAACAACAAUUGAUGCUAGACAGUCAUUCAGCUCGAAUGUCAGCUUUAUCUCAAACACUGGUACACAAAUAUUGUCAGCUUCUGAAACUACCAAAAGUGAUAAUGAGCUUUCAACAUCUUUGUCACAAUAUCAUGAUCAAAGUUCGUCAUUAUCUUUUACCCCAGCUCAAUCAUCUUCUACUCUAAUGAGUUUAAGUCCUGAAAGAUCAGCUUCCAGUUACUCAAGUAAUGGUACAAUGAUUGAUUCUUCACUUACUUCCAUAGAUAGUUCACAAACUGGGACUUCAACUUUAAGUGAAAAUGUGCACAUUCAACAAAGGUCAAGUUCACAAUUUUUAACAGCCCUAAGUUCAGAUGAUCAUUCUUCCACUUCCACCACAGAUCAACCAGCAACAAAAACAAAUACCAUAUCAUCUGACAGUUCAUACUCAAGAUCUUCAACAGAAAUUUAUCUGAAUGACGGUAAUUCAAACGAAAGCUCAAUUAGUAGUGUGUCAUCUGGUCAAUCAACAAAAAGCUUUUCCAUCCCAACCAGCUCAACAGCAAACAAACAUAGUUCAUAUAGAAGUAUAGUGAGCCCAACUUCAACAUCAUAUGUCAUGAACUAUUCAAAUACCACCACUUUAGAAGCUGUUUCUGCUUAUGAAGCUUCUGCUAACAAAAUAUUUUCAUUCAAUUUCGUUGGUCUUAUUUCAUUCACCUUUUUGUUUUUCAUUUGA